UGUGGUUUUUAGUUGGUAAGAAAGAGCAUAUGUCAACCAAGCAGGCUGCUGAGGGGUGCAGCACGGUUCAUUUUUUCAGACGUUCUGGUUUUUAACGCCCAAAGGUUUUAAGCUGCCUUUUCUCUAGUAAGAUGGACAGUACUUUUGACAACCUGGAUGCAGCAGGUUUCUUGGAAAUCUGGCAACACUUUGAUGCAGAUGAUAAUGGCUACAUCGAGGGCAAGGAGCUUGAUGAUUUUUUCCGGCACAUGAUGGAAAGACUGGGUCCACAGGAGAAAGCCACUGAGGAGAGAGUUCAGGGACUGAAGCAGAGGUUCAUGUCUGCCUACGAUGUGACUGCUGAUGGGAAACUACAGAUUCAAGAGCUGGCCAACAUGAUUCUGCCCAAAGAGGAAAACUUCUUGUUAAUUUUCCGAAGAGAAGCUCCAUUGGACAACAGUGUUGAUUUUAUGAAGAUAUGGAGGAAGUAUGACCUUGAUUGCAGUGGCUACAUAUCAGCCCUGGAGCUAAAGGCUUUCUUGAAAGAUUUAUUUCAGCAGCACCAUAAACAAGUGUCCCCUGACAAACUGGAAGAAUACACCGACGCCAUGAUGAAAAUCUUUGACAAAAAUAAAGAUGGCCGUUUGGAUCUGAAUGACUUAGCCAGGAUCUUGGCAUUGGAAGAGAAUUUCAUGCUCCAGUUCCAGAUGGAUGCUUGCAGUAAGGAGGAGAGGAAGAGGGACUUUGACAAGAUCUUUGACCAUUAUGAUGUUAGUAAGACCGGAGCCCUAGAGGGUCCUGAGGUGGAUGGGUUUGUCAAAGACAUGAUGGAGCUAGUCAGGCCCAACAUAACAGGUCCUGAUCUCGACAAGCUGCGAGUCGUUCUGUUGCGUCACUGUGACGUCAACAAAGAUGGGAAGAUCCAGAAAAAUGAGUUGGCUCUAUGUCUGGGAGUGAAGCCAAAACCUUAAAAAAACUCUUAAGACCAUUCUUUUUAUGAAACACUGACUGUAUUAAUUAUCAUUGAUAACAUCAGAAUGUCAUCCAUAUCAAAUUAAUUUAUCAUGCAUGACGUUUUACCUAAUUCUUGAAUGACAAACUCAACUUUAUGACCAAUUAGGAUCUUGUCUCAUCUGGUUUGAUACUGGUUUCCUGUGCAUUAUUUAGGGCCAACAGUAAAACGUUCAUGUUUGCUGGUAUAAAACCUAUUUGGUAUAACUUGGUAUGCUGGUCAGCAAAGUGAAAGUCUCUUUUACUGUGGACACUUGCCAAAUAGUAUAAAGUCUUCUGGAAGCUUAAUAAAUUAAAUUAUAUUUGCAUGUUUCUAUAUUAAAAUGUAACGGUUUGUUGUGUAGUGUAUGUUUUACAGUAAUGGGCUAUAAAGAAAAUAAAAAAUGGCAUAUGAUGGCA